GGUAGCUGUUGGCAUCUCCAGGGGGGCACACCGUCAGGUUAAGUUGGCCAUCAUCACCAAACCCACAAGUGCUCCCAGCCCAUGCCACUACAAAGCAUUCCCUGUCCACGUUGAGAUAUACCAUUCGUUUCUGUCUUCCGGUCUUUACGAUUUUACAUAUGCAUUUGCGCCGCUGCUGCUGCCGUCGCCACUGCCGCGUUCCGACCCCUCGAAUAGAUGAUGCCAUGUGCUCGCUAUCUGCCCUAAGUCUCGAGUAGCCUUCAAUUUCGAUCUAGCAGUUCCUCGAUGAAUACCACGAACGAUGUCCUGCCCGGCGCCUCUCCCGCCGUGUCGCAAGACGAGACGAGGACCGACUCCGACUCCAACGACGUAACGACGAGACCCCGUCAAAGCCCCCAAACCUCUCCGACAGGUCCGAAGACACCGGAGCUACCUGCGUCUCCAGCCAGUCAGCAAGAGGAUGUCGUCACCAAGCUGCUGAGGUUCCUCUCUACUGCUACACCCGCAACGCUGGGCGGCGUCGCAAUCGGGCUUUCCGCUGUAACAUAUUUCAUCCUUGGCCAGAUUGGACUCUUGUUGAUUGGUGCCGUUGCCGGCAUUGCACUGUUUGCAUCGUGGGAAUCGCGGCAUCCCCAAUUGUCUCGGGCCAUUCGAGUUGAAAGGACCGAACAGCUGCUGGAUCGUAUCUUGGGAGAUACGCGUGCCAAUAGGCGCCCCGAGCUUGAUCAAGAUGGCGAGAAGGAUGCGCAGAUGCUAGUACAGAGCUUGGAUGACUUCCGGCCCGAGACGCGACAGGCGCUCGCUGCUCUUGUCGAUGCGAUCAUCCGCGACUACGUGGAUUGGUGGUAUGGUCCCAUCGUGCCAUCCGACCGGUCCUUCCCCCUCUCUUGCAGAAAGGUGCUGGUAAACUUCCUACUAGGCGUCUCUAAUCACCUGAGUCGCAAGCGGCCUGCCGAUGUCUUCGUCGAUUUCCUUACCCACGCCUGUUCCAUCAUCAUCGUGUUCCUGUCCGAGAUGGAAUCCGCCUACUCCGAGCUCCCAUCGGUUACCAACCUUACCGCGGCGGAUGCUGUAUACAAUUAUCUCGCCUCGAAUACCGACGCCCCAUUGGCAAACUUGCUCAAUCAGAAGCAGCAGGCGGGCAAGUUCAAGAUCGUAGCCGAAGACCUGCUUAGUUUCCUGGACAGGUCCGCGUAUGACUGUGACCCUGCUAGGGUCUUCUUGAGGGAGGUUCUCGCAACAAUUAUUCUCGAGGGCACCUUGCAGUCGUGCUCCAAGGCGGAGUGGAUCAAUGCUUGGAUCGUGUAUCUCCUAGAGUCUGGAGAGACAGAUUUUUCGCAAGCUAUCGACGAAGCCAUUCAAGACCAAAAGGCAUUUGUUGACAUCGACGGAAACGUCGGGAAUAUUGGCCUUUCUAGGGGCAAUCGGAACUCAUACGACAUGGACCGCGCACGCCGCAAAGAAGCGAUACACAAGAAGCAGUUAUCUAAAGCUGAUCAGGAGACGGAGAGGGCCGUGCUGGAGAUGAGGAAAAUGAACCAAAUGAUCGCCGAAGCUGAUAAGGGCCCAGUCACACAAAAUGGUGGCCAUACAGAAGAGGCCUCGGGCCUUUUGAAUGGUGCCCUCGACAAGAACACCGGGGACCUUGCUUUAAAAAUGGGCGAUACAUCGAGCGUGACCUCCCCAAGAAACACAAAGGUCCCCGAUUCAGAUGCUAGAGCCACAUCGAAUGAGGCACAGGUUAAUAAGGCCCAAUAUAAACAGGAGACGCUUCAGUCCCCCAUCUCCCUGCGAUCAGCAACAGAUGCAUCCAGCCACAAUUCGUCACCCUCCAGCGGGUUAGACGGACGACGGUCAUCUCAUCGGUUUACAAGCUUCGACCAGUUGGUUCCACCAGCACGAGAAGAGGCCGAUGAAGGAGACGAACCACAUGAUCCCCCACCGCUCACACUAUACAACGCUACUAUCAGUAUUCAUGAUGACGCGAGCGAUAAAGGUCGCUUGCGUAGCAAGCCUACCUUGGAAUAUCUCCUCCAGAUCGAGCCUGCGAAUACCCAUUACCCGGGGUGGAUGGUAAUGAAGACAUAUGUUCAGUUCGAGGGCCUCCACGAGAGCCUACGGCGGAUUGCGGCAGUAUCCGGUUCAACGGCGUUUCUUGAAGCCUUUGCUGUCUUCCCGAGUUGGAAGUUGCACACGGGGCCGUCCUUACGCGGUGAGAUUGAGAGAUACAUGCGGACUGCUUGCUCCGAAAAGCCCCUGGCCGACUCGGAAGCCUUCAAACGGUUCCUCGAUAAAGGCCAGGAAACGCGAAUUUCCCCUAACAGAGGGUUCUCCUUCGAAUCUGUUGGAAAGGGCGUCCUUGACGUCCUCCAAAACGCGCCCAAGGGUGCUCUAGACGGUGGAAAGGUCGUAGUCGGCGGCGUUACUGGCGUUUUUGGCAAUAUUGGGUUGGGACCGAGAAAAUCUACCAUCUCAUCUGUGAGCGAGCAGCAAGCGAAGGAUCCGCGCAACACCCAAAGCCCCGGAAGCACACGGCCGCUAUCUCUGUCAUCUCUUCCGAGGGUGGACAGCACCCCGCUAGGAUCGAUGAAAUCUAGGGAUAGCCUGGACAGCCAGAGGUCAUCCGUAGUUUCGGUCCAGCCAGGCAAAAUAGCACCUAUGGAACGGCGUCCAAGUUCCCAAGUAGACGUGGACCAGGAAAGCCUUCAUCCAGCGAGGGCUGACCGCUGGGAGCGGAACUCGAUAAGCGCAACGAGCAGCAGGGUACAUAGCCGCGCUUCGAGUGCGGUUGCAUUGCGGUCCCCUGUGCGGUCUCCAUCCGAACUGAGCUUCACUAAUAUCAAGCUACCGCCCCCGCCAGACGAGAUCCCUGACGAUUACGGCUCUCCAACGAGCACGCACCACAGUGUCGACGGCGCCUCGCGACUGUCUGCUCCCAACGGGACGUCACCAACUCGAUCGUCAAGCUCAGGCCGGCAAGAAAAACCGUCGCAGGCACGUGACACCGUCAAGAGAGCGAGCAAACAACACGCCCCACUUUCGGAACAGGAAGCCCGCGUAGCAGUCGAGCUUCUCUUUGCUGUGGUUAAUGAGCUCUACACGCUGUCCUCCGCCUGGAACAUCAGAAAGACGCUCUUGACGGCUGCCAAGUCGUUUCUUCUGCGGCCAGGCAACCCGUCACUGUUGUCCAUUCGGACCCUGAUCCAGGAGUCGGUUCUUGAGACAAACACAUCGGAUGCCAGCAUUGCUGCGCAUCUCCGCAAAGUGAGAGAGAACUCGCUCCCCACCGAGGAAGAGCGGAGAGCGUGGCCUCGGGAGUUGACUACGGAAGAGAAAGAGGAGCUGAGAGUCAAGGCGAGGAAGCUUUUCAUACAAAGCGGCGUCCCGGCCGCGCUGAUGGGGAUCAUGGGCCAGUCGGCCACAAGCGAGGCCCUGGGGCGGGUUUUCGACUGCCUCCAGAUCGAGGAGGUUGCCAGGGGGCUCUUCUUCGGGAUCAUGCUGCAAGCGGUGCGAGUCGUCACACACUAAAACCAAAUCAUCGAGGCGCUCUCGACAAUGACAAAACGGAACUGGGACAUGCGAUCAGAAUUGGGCUGGGGAGUCUCCAGCAAAAUAUUGGUAUGACGGGCUUUUUUUUAAAAAAUGCGACGCCGGAUAUAAUGUUCUCUUACGCCCACGAUAGGCGUCGAUCUUUUUUUUUUUUUUAAUGGUCUUAUGAUAACGGCUGUCGGGGCGUGUAUGAGUAUAUAUGUAUACGGAAUAGCUGUACGAUGACAACGAGAUGUUUAAUAACGGACCAGCUAGAGCUCUGAUUCACGUGAAGAAGAGAGCCUCACCGAAGACUACGCGGAACAGACAGUCGAGGGUCAGAUAGAUAUAUAGUAUAUAUAAUAUAUGGAGAGAACACAGCCUCCGAGGAGAAGAGGACGGAGGGACAGAGAUACCCUACAUCUGGAGGAAAGGAAGCAUUACACCUUAGAAGCUGCUUUGGGGCCGUGAUAAGGAGACACCCCACUAAGCCAUGGCUUCAGCCCUCGCGCCGAUGCCCCGAGCUCGGUGCGGGGUAGGAUUGAGUGGGAUGUGGCCGCCGCGGGUACAGCCGGGGG